AUGGCGGCGCCCAUGACAUGGAAAAGACUUGUGUUCUCUGCGUAUACUCCUGCUUUCUCUUGGGUUUUUACGAGUGUAACAGAUCGCUUUUUUAGGACACAUGAGCGGAGGAGAGGGUCCACUGUGCUGCUCUUGGCCCCUCUCCUGGCAGAGGCAGACUCAGGCCCCCUGGCCUCCUCCAGACCUCCAGGCUUCACUGGUGUCGAGGGCCUCCACUCUCGGUUCCAGUGGAUGGCUGAUCAUGUACCUGCUUUCAGGGUCCCUGGGGGCCGCAUACGCAUCCUUCACUCACCUGAUGAGUUUUAUCAGACUAUGAAGGCUCGUAUCAAGACAGCCAAGAGUCGUGUGGUUAUGGCUUCACUGUAUUUGGGCACAGGACCACUAGAGCAAGACCUUGUUGAUUGCGUGGAAGAGGCAUUAGAGCACUCACAGGAAGAUCAUGUACCUGAUCUCAAAAUGUCUUUUUUGCUGGAUUAUACCAGAGGCUCAAGAGGUAAGCACAAUUCCCGCACAAUGUUACUGCCGCUGCUCCAGCGUUUUCCUGAGCAAAUGAGAGUGUCCCUGUACCAUACGCCUGACCUGCGGGGGCUGCUGCGUCUUCUGGUUCCCGAACGCUUCAAUGAAACCAUCGGGGUGCAGCACAUCAAGGCAUACCUUUUUGACAACAGUCUCAUUAUUAGUGGGGCCAAUCUGAGCGACUCCUACUUCACCAAUCGUCAGGAUCGUUAUGUUCUGCUGGAGGACUGUGAGGAAGUGGCUGAUUUCCUUGCUGAACUCGUGGGAGUCGUGGGCGACGUGUCACUGCAGCUCCAGCCUGACAACAGUGUGCACAUGAUUGAGGGAAUGGUGCAUCCUUACAAAGGUAACAGAGCAGAGUUUUCUGCAUCGGCACAGAGACGGAUCAUGGAGGUGGUGAACACGGCCCGUGUCCGGCAGAGCAUGCUGGAGGCGGAAUGCUCAGACAUCCUAGACUCGGACAGAAUGGUGCCAAAUGACACUUGGAUCUUUCCACUCAUGCAAAUGAAGCCUCUGGGCAUUCACCUGGAUGAACAAGUAACCCAACGACUGCUCAUAGAGCCAGGUGGAGACUCAGUCGUCUACCUGACAUCGGGUUACUUCAACCUGACGCGCACCUACAUGCAGCUGGUGCUGGGUGCAGCAGCAGACUACCGUAUCCUCAUGGCCUCCCCAGAGGUUAAUGGCUUUUUUGGAGCCAAAGGUGUAGCAGGAGCAAUUCCUGAGGCCUACGUUCACCUCGCCCGACAGUUUUACAAUAAGGUGUGUCAGCUGGGUCAGCAGAGUCAUGUCCACUUGCAUGAAUACCAUCGCCCCAAUUGGACAUUUCAUGCUAAAGGCCUGUGGUACUAUGUGGGAGGAAGUGACCGCCCCUGCCUCACUCUCAUUGGCUCCCCAAAUUUCGGCUAUCGCUCUGUGCACAGGGAUCUGGAGGCUCAGAUUGCCAUAGUAACAGAGAAUGAGGAACUCCAGCUGCAACUGCAACAGGAGCAGGAGGUGUUGUACCAGAGCUCCACACAAGUGUCAAACUCCACGUUUAAUCAGCCAGACCGCCAUGUAAAGCUGUGGGUGCAACUGGUUACUCCACUCAUCAAGAACUUCUUCUAAAGUUCAACAGGCCUGAGGUGACAGAUAUCUCACUGUCUAUGACAGAUGAAAAGUGGGACUGUGCGUGUGUGAUUUGUACACGAGGCAUUUGCAAAUAUCAAUGGUUUCCUGGAUGCAGAUGGCAAAGAUAAAGAUGACUGUCCUGGCAAGCUCCAGUGAAGAUGUUAGAAACAACUCUGUGCUGUUAAGAUUCAAUAACAUUCAUUCUGCUUCUUAUAACCUCAUUGUUAGGAGAGAAUACAUGUAAAACCUGUAUACAGGGUUUGCUGCCAGUGUGAUAGACAUGUAUUUGUAAGCACUGUGGCAGAUGUGAAGGUUUGGCCAUCAGUUUGAUGUGCAGUGCAUUUGUAUGUAUAUAUUUUAGUUAAUUUAACUUUUUUUCUGUGAACAUUCACUUUAAUAAGAUGCUGUUCAACAAAAACCCUUUCCAUUUCUACUUCAUUUACAUUGUACUUUUUGAUUAUUAUUUUUGGUUGAAAAUGUCAGAAGCAGCUAUAAGGCAUCAUUAAUAUUCAUUUCAUUACUAAGGUCAAUGAUAUUCAGUUGAUCUCGCACAUUUCAGCAACACUUAGUUACCUCAGCCAUAUGUAAAAUAUCUAUAUUUCCCUGAAACCUAUGAAAGCUUGUUUUCACCACAAGAUAAAUUAAAGGCAAUUGUGAGUUCUCACAAUUUGUCAUGCUGAGUUUAUAUCUUACAAUUCGGACAACUCACAGUUCUAAGAGAUUAUCUGGAAAUUCUGAGAUGAAAAGUCUGAACUGUGAGAUCACAGCGAGAACAGGUGACAUUUUUUCACUCAUUUUUGACAUUCAGAAUUUGGAGAAAAAAGAUUGAAUUGAGUGUGAAUAUCUCACAUUUCUGCCUUUUUUUCCCCUCAGAAUUGUGCAUUUAUAUUUCAAAAUUCAGACUUUUUUUUUUUCUCCAAAGAAUUGUUUAGCUUAAAAGUUCCAAUUACCUUUUUUAUUCUGUGGUGGUAAUGGGCUUCCAUAGAAACCACUGCAAACUAUCAAGGCUGAGGGCCUUAAAGAAAGUUAAAAAUAAUUUAAUCACCCCCAUGAAGGAGUCACAAUGUUCACUUUUAGUUAAGACUAUCCAUUUACACUCCAUUCUUUAUAGUUUUGUUUGUAACUGUUCAUUAAUGAUGCUCAAUACUGAAAAUGAGCAUAUGACUUUCAUUAAUAUUUAGUACAGCAGAGUUUAUAGAAGAGCUCCAAAUCCUGACACAAACCUUUACACAGUACGCCUGGGAUGGAUUUGAGCAGCACUGUAUUUGAGUG